CCCCAUCACCAUGUCGUCAGCACUGGCAAAGGACGCCUCGGCCCAGGCCGCCGACAGCAAGCCGAAAGCUGCCAUUGCCGCCGUCCCGACGUUCAACAAUGCCCUGUCCAAGGGCGCCUCUUUCGGCCGAGUAGCUGUCCUGCUGGGGCUGCUGGCAGCUCAGUUCAACGAGCUGGUGGCCCAGCCGGCCCUGACGCUGCAGUCCGCCGUGCCUGUCGUGGCGGUCGUCCAGGUGGCAUAUGUGGUGCUGUGCCUGCCGGCGGCGGGUUCCCAGCAGGCAAAGGCGGCCAAGAAGCCCCGUCCUGGCGAGAAGAAGAAGCCCGAGGCGGCCGGAUCGAGCUCCCUGGUGACUGCUCUCCUCGCCUUGGUCCUCACCACGAUUUCAACCCCCGUUAUCCACGCCCUCUUCAUCCUCUUCGGCGCGCCGCUCCUAGACCACGUUCUGGAAACGUUCCUCUGCGCCGCUCACUUCGCCCUCCUUGGAGUCUUCCCCAUCAUCUACGCUCGCGGAGUGGAUAACCAGUCCCUGGUUGCGGUGGCUGGCGUGUCUGCGCCUCUGGACGAGACGCUGGGCGGGCUGCUUGGCGCAGUGCUUGGCGCAUGGUUGGGCGCCGUGCCUAUCCCCCUGGACUGGGACCGAGACUGGCAGCGGUGGCCGGUGACCAUCGUCUGCGGCCUGUACGCGGGCUCAUGUCUUGGCAGCUGGUUGUCAGGCAAUGUGUUCUACGGCAAGCGAAUCGGCGGAACGGCGCCCGCCGCCAAGGAGGAGUAGAGAGAGGAGGCACUGUGGAAUCGGGCAUCUACCAUUGGGCAUCAUGUUACGGAGCGUAUAUUGUUGGGGGAGGAAACAGUUACCAUCGUGUGCUGAGGCAAGCAUUACGAGAAACUAAUCUCUGAGUUUGAGGUUGAUUGGCUUAUACACGGAUAGAGAAAACAAAAUGAAAUAAUACCUACUAUAGUACCUAGGUUGCUAGCGGCAUUGGUUUAGUUUUCAACGAGGCACGAAGCAGCUAGUUGGCCGUUGCAUCUGCUUUAAUAAUACAUGGCUGUCUUAUUACACACCCUCUUUUCUGCGACGGAGCUGCCGUUUGGUCGGAAGCCUCGAUGCUGGGGAUAGGGGCGCCCGCAGAACAAGUCUAGCCCAGCGCUCAUGGAGCGACGCCAGCCACUUCCGCCUUUCUCAGCUUGACAGACGACACAUGUAUGGUCCGGUGAUUACACCCAUCUCACUCGAGCGGCAGCCACCGCGGUUUUAUGGGAACCCAAUUAGUAAAACGCAAAAAAAGAGAAAAAAAAAGAGAAAAAACUUUCCGGUACUCGGCUUGCACGGAGCCCGGAGUAAUUUCGUGAUAGAAGCGCUACCAUCCCCCAUCCCCAUCCGCCCAAUCCAUUCCAUCAUUCGCAAAAGUCAGCUCAGCCGAAGCAGUUGCUCCCAGCGGAG